AUGUCUACAUCAACUAACAAGCACGUCGUCUUCGACGUUGUAGGAACGCUGGUUUCCUAUGACGCUUUCUUUGAAGCCGUUGAAGCCAGACUAGGAGAGCGAUUCAGAAAGGAAAGCAUCGGGUCCCGUAUCUUCGGCUACGCUUGGAUGGAAGCGGGGGAGAGGGAGUACACCUACCUCAGUAUUUCCGGCAAGUAUAUCAAGUUCUUUGAUAUAUUCCGGUCCAUCUUCUAUCGCACACUGUGGCAAGCGGGCAUCAAAGACCCCCGCGCAUUUGCCACUGAUGACGACCGCGAGUUUCUGUUGGCAUCGUACCGCAAGCUGGCUCCUCGACCUGGUUUGCUGGAGUGCUUCUCCAAGCUUCGUGCAGCUGGAUUCACCGUCUGGGCUCUCACAGCGGGCGAUACUGAGCGCGUAGCAGGGUAUUUGGAAGCCGCCAAUGCCAACUUCCCUUCGGACAACUUCGUAUCGUGUGACACUAUUGGAAUUGGAAAGCCGGCCCCGGAUUCAUACCAGUACAUCCUGGAUAAGUUUCCCAAGGAGGAUCUUGAUGUGUGGUUCGCCGCCGCACAUAUGUGGGAUGCUGCUGCCGCUCGCAACUGCGGAUUCAAGGGUGCUUGGGCAGCGACCUGGGAAAAGGAGACGUGUCAGGAUAUCUUCGGCGAAAUGGAGGUGAUUGCAGAGGACCUGUCUUCGCUGGCAGAUGGGAUUAUUGCUUAUGCUCCUAGUAAAUAG